AUGGAAGCGUUAGCUGUUAAUUCGCGUACAGAAUGGAUGAAAAAUCUUCCAGAACAUUUACAUACAGAACCGAUAUCAAAAAUAGCUAUACCAGGAUCACAUGAUUCGUUUUCUUAUUAUUUAACAUCGUCAGCGGGACCCAAUUUGACACCAGCCCUAAGAAGACUCUCUUAUAUUUUACCUAGUUUUAUUCGAAAUUGGUCAAAAACACAACAAUGGACAUUUACCGAACAAUUAAUGAACGGUAUUCGAUAUUUUGAUUUAAGAGUAUGUUUAAAAAAUGAUCAAUUUUAUUUUGUUCAUGGUUUAUUAGGAGAUACUGUUAUUCACGGUCUCAAUGAAAUUAAAGAAUUUUUAGAUAAAUAUGAUAAAGAAAUUGUUUUAUUAGAUUUUAAUCAUUUUUAUUCGUUUGAUGAAAAUUUUAUGUGUCAUGAACAAUUUUUAACAAUAAUUCAUCAAAUAUUUGGUAAAAAAUUAUGUACAACAAUAAAAUUAAUUAAUGAGUGUACAUUUAAUCAUUUAUGGGAAAAUAAACAACAAGUUAUAUUACUUUAUGAAUUACAUCCAGAUCAACAAUGUCAAAAACAUAUGGAUCGUGUUGGACAUUUUUUUCAAAUAUGUGAUUCACCGUGGCCAAAUACAGCCAAUAUUGAUCAAUUAUUCAUUUAUCUUGAUAAAGCUAUGCAAAAACCUCGUUCAUCAGCGUGUAUUAACGUUGUUCAAGGAUUAGUAACACCUGAUGGAGCAAUGAUUCGACGAUCAUUGUUCAAUUCACUAGAAUCAGUUGCACGUAUUGUAAAUCAACGUCUCUGUGAAUGGAUUAAACAGCGAAAACGAGAUCCAUCGAAUGUGAACGGUGUGAAUAUUGUCAUUUGUGAUUUUGUUAAUUUAUACGAUUUUUCGGAUAUUGUUAUACAAUUAAAUUAUAAAAAUGAAAAUAUUAAUAUAAUCUAG